GUCUGGAGGAAACAAACAAAGGAAGAAAAAGAAGGGCAAAGUGUGGUGUUUUUCUUUACCCACAAACAACACAACUGUUCGGUGUGCGCCUCGUGGCAUACAAAAAACACCCCUUAGCUAGCUCAGUCACUACUCCCAUUCCAUUUCAUGGGUCUCCGCUUCUCCUCUCCGCCGCCGGAAUCGCCGUCCACCUCCGCUUUGGCCGAGUUGCCCGAGAGCUGCGUGGCUCAGAUCAUGACCUACAUGGACCCGCCCCAGAUUUGCCAGCUGGCCACGCUCAACCGCGCCUUCCGCGCCGCCUCCUCCGCCGAUUUCGUCUGGGAAUCCAAGCUGCCGCCCAAUUACCCCGCCCUUCUCCGCCGCAUCUUCGCCGAUUUCCCCUCCCAUUUGGGCAAGAGGGGGAUUUACGCCAGGCUUUGUCGCCUCAAUUCUUUUGACCACGGCACCAAGAAAGUUUGGCUGGAUCGAAGCUUGGGUAAGCUGUGUAUGUGCGUUUCGGCCAAGGGACUCUCCAUAACUGGAAUUGAUGAUAGGAGAUACUGGAACCAUAUCCCCACUGAGGAAUCCAGAUUCGGCAGUGUUGCAUACCUCCAGCAAAUCUGGUGGUUUGAAGUGGAUGGGGAACUUGAGUUCCCAUUUCCAGCUGGGAAAUACAGCUUGUUCUUCAGAUUACAUCUAGGGCGAGCCUCCAAGAGGUUUGGAAGACGAGUCUGCAACACAGAGCAUGUCCAUGGGUGGGACAUAAAGCCUGUGCGUUUCCAGCUAUGGACUUCAGAUGGGCAGUAUGUUGCAUCCCAGUGUUUUCUGGACGGACCUGGCAAAUGGAUCUAUUACCAUGCAGGGGAUUUUGUUGUCGAGAAUGGCAAUGCAUCAACAAAAGUUAAGUUCUCUAUGACUCAAAUUGAUUGCACGCACACUAAAGGCGGUCUCUGUUUAGAUUCUGUGCUCGUAUAUCCAAGUGAAUUCAGAAAGGUUAAAGCAUUUUUGAGUUACUCUUAACCUUUGUACCAAAUAUAUUGUAAACUAUCUAUAUGUAUAGAGCUUAGGCCGCGUCGGGAAGAAUAGAGAAUCGAGUUUUUAAUAUGGUUCUUUAGGUUAAGAAUCGAGUUUUUAAUAUGGUUCUUGAAGGUUUAGAAUUUUGUAGAAGCCAGAAGGUGAUGUAUAUAUGUACAAUAUUUGUUUGAUUAGUCUGGAACAUUCGGUCAUAACCUUGUUUGGUUGAAGAAUAUUAUAUUAUAUGCUUUUGGCAUGUGGAACAAAAAUGGCCAUUUGAUGACAAUGGAUGUUGGAAGAAAACGAAUAAAGUGGACUACUUUUUUAGUCUCGGUUUAAAUUCGAUUA